AUGUCAGAUAAAGACAUUCAUCAAGAUAAAUAUAGCGAAUUACGAAGUAAGUAUAAAUACUUCAUCGAUUCAUUUAAUGCUUUGUACCAGCUAAAAGCAGAAAAUGAAGAAGAUUUAAACAAGAUUUACAAAAUGAUCAAAACAGAAUUGAUUGAUUCAAGGAAAUAUCUCCCUGUAAACAUUAUAAGAGACAUUAUAAAUAUUAUUCCGUUUAAUAAUCGCUAUACAAAGGAAUAUUUAUCUCUUGCCAAACUCAUUUCUGAUGAUUACCAUAUAAAAGAGGUCAACAAUGUUAUAGAUAUUUCAAAUUUCCUGUUUUAUAAAGAAUAUGGCAUUAAGUUAACUAAGUUUUAUGAAUUCGAAAAUAAUAACAUAGAAAAUCUCGAUGUUCUGACAGAAAAUACAAUUUACAGAGCAAUUAUGAAUAAUGAUUUAGAGAGAUUCAUUUCAUUCACAGAAUUGGAAGGGUUUGAUAAAAAUCAAAGACUUAAAAGCGAAUUAUAUCCAUGUUUUUUCAAAGAUUAUUCAUUACUUGAAUUAUGUUGUUACCACGGAGCAGUUGAUUGUUUCAAGUUUUUAAGAACCAGAUUUAACUUAAAAAUAACUGAAGAAUGCCUAGAAUUUUCAUUUUUAGGUGGAAAUCAAGAGAUCAUGAGUGAGUGUUUAAAAUAUCAAAAACCUAAUAAAAUGUGCAUGAAGUAUGCAAUCAUUUCACACAACAUUGAUUUUGUUACAUUCUUGAUGAAUGAAUACAAUAUGGAGAUAGAUUUGAAUUUUUGUGGAAAGAGUAAUAAUCUUGAAUCAUUUUUAGUUUAUUUUGAUCAAACUAAUGAUAUUAACAUAGUCUUUGUUUACUCAACGAUGUUUGAAAUCCCAUCCUUUUGCGAAUACCUCCUUUCACAAGGUGCAAAAAUCAAUGAAAAAGAUGCAAAUGGAAAAACAGCUCUUCAUAUUGCAGCAGAUAGUAAUAGUAAAGACAUGGUUGAAUUUCUUAUUUCGCAUGGGGCAAAUAUCAAUGAAAAAGAUAAAUAUGGAUUCACCGCUCUUCAUAUUGUAGCAGAAAAUAAUAAUCUAGAAUUAGCUGAACUUCUUAUUGCACAUGGUGCAAAUAUCAAUGAAAAAGAUAAAAAUGGAAAAACAGCUCUUCAUAUUGCAAUAGAAAAUAAAUGCAAAGAAACCGCAGAACUUCUUAUUAUACAUGGUGCAAAUAUCAAUGAAAAAGAUAAAUAUGGAAAAACAGCUCUACAUAUUGCAAUAGAAAAUAAUAACGAAAUAACUGAACUUCUUAUUUUACACAAUGCAAAUAUCAACGAAAAAGAUGGGAAUGGAAAAACCGCUCUUCAUCUUGCAAUGGAUAAUAAUUGCAAAGAAAUAGCUGAACUUCUUAUUUUACACGGUGCAAAUAUCAAUGAAAGAAAUAUUUAUGGAUUCACCGCUCUUCAUAUUGCAGCACGAAAUAGUAAAGAAACAACAGAACUUCUCAUUUUACAUGGUGCAAAUAUCAAUGAAAAAGAUAAAUAUGGAAAAACAGCUCUCCAUAUUGCAAUAGAAAAUAAUAACGAAAUAGCUGAACUUCUUAUUUUACACAAUGCAAAUAUCAACGAAAAAGAUGGGAAUGGAUUUACUGCUCUUCAUCUUGCAACAUUAAAAAAAGCAAGGAAACGGCAGAAUAUCUUAUUACACAUGGUGCCAAUAUCAAUGAAAAAAAUAAUAAUGGAUUCACACCUCUUCGUCUUGCAGAAGAUCGUAAUUAUACAGAAACAGCCAAACUUCUUAUUUCAUAUGGCGCAAAAAAUAGUGUUCAUGCAUAAUAUACUUCUUUUUUUGAUAUUAUCGAAGAUGAAUUUCAUUAGAAAUAAAAAGUAA